AUGCUUCUGAAGAAGAAAACAGCUAACUCUGAAAAAGAACUUCAAGUGUUUGCAUGUUCCUCACCACCACCACCAUCGCCACCGCUACAAAAGGUCAGAACAUCUAAAAGUGGAAUCUACAAAGGACCAGCUUUUCUCAGUGUUUCGACGCAAGCAUCUCAAGAAAAGGUUCCAAACAAGCAGGCAAACAAACAUCUUUUGUUGGAUGGCUGCAUUGAUUGGCUGGUGGACCUCAAGAAGUAUAUGGCCUUAGCUGGUGAGCCGGUGCGCGUGAAAUGCGCUCUUUUCUACAGUUACAUCCGCACAAACUACAGCAUGGCUCAAAGCUCAGGGCUGCGUCUGAUGUGGUACAAAAACAAAGGGGACUUCGAAGAGCCCAUUAUCUUCUCGGAAGGGAGGAUCAACAAGGAUGAAGAUGCCAUCUGGUUUCACACGGCCGAAGUCCAAGACAGCGGCUUCUACACCUGCGUUCUAAGAAACUCAACGUAUUGCAUGAAAGUAUCCAUGUCCUUGACGGUCGCUGAAAAUGAACUUGGACUUUGUUACAACAGCACAAUCCGCUACUUAGAAAAAUCAGAAAUUACCAGGACCAAAGUCAUUUCCUGUCCGGAUACGGAGGAUUACAAAACAGGCAAGCAAGAGCCGGAUAUUAUCUGGUAUAAGGAGUGCAAGACCAAACUCUGGAGAAGCGUGGUGGUACAGAAAGAGAACACACUUUCAAUAGAAGAUGUUCAAGAGGAAGACGGUGGAAAUUAUACUUGUGAGCUGAAGUUUGAAGGGAAGUUGAUUAGACGCACAACGGAACUCAAAGUUACAGCUUUAGUCACCAACAGACCCCCUCAGCCUUUGUAUCCAGUAGAGAACCAGACGGGUCUUCUUGAAGUCCAGUUGGGUAAGUUCCUUUCUUAGAAGAUGGAAUCGAAAUGAAGCCAGAGCAGAGUGUGGCUGAUAUUACUGUAGGUAAAUCAAUAUUUCAC